UAGGAGACUAUAUGUUAAAGACAAAAUCAUUUUAAGUAUUUAUAUUUUUGCAUUCCUCUUUUAAUUUUUUUAAUGUUUUUUCUGUUAUCUCUAUUGGUAAAUUUGAAUCAGCCUUAAAAUUAUAUUUCAAUUAAUUGUCACAUUUUUUUUGUGUUAUUCUAACUGUGAAAAACAAUGAACUUCUUUUGUUGAUUUUAAAAAUCACGAGUGGAUUUUUUAUUUUUGAUAUAUUCAAUUGAACAUCUCCACAACAGGAAUUCAAAAACAAUUUGAUUUCCAAGAAUGAUUAGGAGAAAUCCUGAGACUCCACAACCCCUGGAUGACAAAAGCAGAUUUUCUUUGUCUGGAAUGAGCCUCUGCGGGCCGCACAGCGCCCCCCUGCGGCCGCUCACUGACAUCAUCCUCACACAGAGACAGUGGAGAAUUUUUUUUUUUUAUCUCAACGUUUAAAAAAGUCUCCUCAAGAGAACAAAACAGACCCAACAGCGCCGCCUUGUGACGAUGGAACGUUUGAAACAAGAGUUAAGAAAUAUGGAGGAAAACAGAACUUUAAAAAUAAAAAAAUCACAUUUUAAAACACACUUAAAAGAGUAAAAAUGAAAUGUAUUUUUGUCCGUUUAUUGCUAUUUGCGUUUCUUUUGAUGCUGCAGCUGAAGCUCCUCCACGCAUCUGCUGAGGAGGACGCGCGCGCAGCAGCGCGGAUCCCGCAGACCCGGCGCGGGCUUCCUCACUGCGGCUGCGGGGCUCACGAUGACCUGAAUGCUGAUUAUCCCGGAGAUCAACAAAGGAAACAAGGGGAGGAGGGAUGAACCGUUUCCUGAGAGCGGAGGAGAGCGGAGGCCCGCUGACGGACUGCAGGGAGCUGUCACCCAACCACACCUCCUCUUCCUCCAUCUCCAUCACCUCCUCCUCCUCCUCCGCCUCCUCCUCCUCCACCGCCGCGCGCUCAUCACACGCGGCCCUGCCUUUGCUCCAGACCCGGGGAACGAACGGGUCGGAGCCGAGGAAAGCCGCGCUCACACGCCGAACCGAAGAAGAAGCGCAGGCGGCGGGCGGUUCCGCGGCGGCGGCGGCGCUCGCCGGGCUCGCUGAGCCGCGUCCGGAAGCUCAAGGACGCGGCGGCGCAGACGGUCUGGAGAUGAUCUCAGCGGUCAGCAGGGAUGCGGACGGCGGCAGCAGCAACCACGGCGUCUCGGAGGUGACCGCGGCCGCUCCCGCCGCCUGCGCCAAAGGCAAGGAGGAGAGGAAGGGGAAGAACGUGAUCCGGGGCUGGAAGAGGGAGAGAGACAGGGAGAGGGACCGGGACAGGGACGCCGCCGCUCCUCCUGCCCGCACCAGGAAGGAGAAGCCCGGCGAUGGCCCGUCUCCCCCUCCCUCCGUCUUCCUCCCGUCGUCCGCCCAGUUCGAGCAUCAUCUGUGCCGGGAUGGGCCCGCGCAGAGCCGCUGCGGGGCUCCGGGGGACAGCGCGCAGGACUGUGGACUUAAGAGCGGCGCUAUUGUUGUGCGGCGGCCGCUGGACGACACACCGACCGCCAAGAAACACCGAGGAGCCGACAAGGUGAACCCCAUGUUUACGGUACCAGCCCCCCCUGCUCCAGUCCACCCCGGUGCCCCCGGAUCCUCUCUGCCCGUGACCCCGUCCUUUUCCCCUCCGGCCCUGCCCAUCUCCAGCCCCAAGCAGCUGGCGGUGAGGACGCGGUCCGUUGGCACCAACACUCAGGAUGGAGGUGUCCCAGGGGUGUCAGAGGGAGAGCCCCCCUGCAUCGGGCCAUGUCAGCCCGGCACCAGCGUUAACCUGGAGGGCAUCGUCUGGCACGAGACGGAGGAAGGUGUCCUGGUGGUGAACGUCACCUGGAGAAAGAGAACCUACGUGGGAACUCUGUUAGACUGCACCAAGCAUGACUGGGCUCCUCCAAGGUUUUGUGAAUCUCCUUGCAGUGAUCCCGAGUUUCCGGGUGGGCGUGGUCGGGGAAAACGCAUGCGGAUGGCCAUGGCCGAGCACCCCUUCAUAGAACCAUCUGCUGGUAAAGUCAGAGGAUUCUCUCACCACCGGAGCCGCGGGGGCGGUGUGGCAGGAACAAGUGCACCUAUCCACAGCAAAGGAAGGAGGGGCAGCCUGAACCUCAUAAAUAAUUGCAAAGCUCCUCCUUCUUUUUUCACUGUGGACGAGGUGAAAACAACCAAUAGCGCGUCCUCCACCUCCUCUGGGAAGCGAAAGAACAAACCACCAGCUGACUUAGACCUGAGUUUAGUCUCCGCAGAUGAUGUAAAGAAUGGGAAUGGGAAAAGGAUUCGAGCAAAAUCUCGGAGUGCUCCUUCUACGCCACAGGGCAAAUCUGACCCCUCAUUCAUGGAUCCCGGCGAAGGCUGUACUUCUUCCCCGCCACCAAUUCUCAUAGACUGUCCACAUCCAAACUGCACUAAACGCUAUAAGCACAUUAAUGGCCUGCGCUACCACCAGACACAUGCACACCUGGAGACUGAGGAGCAGAGGAAGCCUGAGCUAGACCCCAUGAAGGACGGAGACAGUGAAGACCGACUAUCAGACUGUGAUGAUGCCAUCAACAACAUAACCUAUGACCUCUCAGAAACCAACAGCACUAAUACCAACAACUCCUCAAAGAAACCUGCUCCUCUCUACAAGGUGACCACAGUAGGGCCUCCUAAAAACAGGAGGCUACUCCUCAGCACUGAUCACAGUCCCUCAGCCAACUCCAAAACCAGAAGAACCUCACUGCUCAAAGACGGCCUGAUCGAUGACCUGAGCAAUCUACCUAUUAUCUCCAAUAUGACUGUAGUUUUGGAAAACUGCAUGGUUCCAGAUAGAACGCCCUCAGUAGAAAUGCCCAAGCUUGAAGCAGAAGGAUUGAUAGAGAAGAAGGGAGGUGCAGGUGAUAAGAGCAAGAAGGCCAAUGGGAAGGUAGAGAAGUUGUCCAAGACAAGAACCAACCGCCCAAUCGCCCCAGCCCCUGCUCCUCCAAAACUAAUUGCCAUACCUAAUACAACAUAUUCAACCAGCACAGCAGAUGUAGUCAGCCAACAACAGCCAUCUCCCAUGGCAGCUGCAGGCUUAACCAAUAAAAACGUUGCCCUGAAACCCAUCAAACCAAAGCUAAGUGUUGUUGUUGAGCCAAGCCCCCUUAAAGUCUCUAUGGUUACCUGCAGCAAGGAAACCAGGAAAAAGGAAAAAAGGCGUCUGAAGGAUAAACAUAACAAAGAUGUAUCAACCAGGACGGCUAAUGGUGACGGUACUGGAAUCCACAUGGAAGAUGGUGGAUCUAAAAUUGCUGCAAAGGAAAUUCCUGGAAGCCUUCUAAAAGAGCACCUCAGCAAGCAGGAUGUGAUGAAUGGACUUACAGAGAGCCAAGAAAGCCGGAUGGCCAGCAUCCGUGCUGAGGCUGACAAAGUCUACACUUUCACAGACAAUGCCCCAAGUCCCUCCAUUGGCAGUUCAUCGCGACUUGAGGCGAGUGGUGGUUGCUUAGCUGCAGGUGACAACGGCAGUAAGAACAACAGUCCCGCCUACUCUGACAUCUCAGAUGCAGGAGAAGACGGGGGAUCCUCUGAAUGUCGCUCUGACGGGCCCAGAUCAAAAUCUGGUUCCUCAGCUUCUUCUGAAGUUAACUCCAACAGUAACCAUGGCAACUGCGGUAAAACCCCUCCCACAACUUGUGCACAGCCAGCAAAAGAGCCCCAGUCCCCGUUUUACCACAACUAUGAACCUUACUAUCUUCCAGGGUUCAUUCCACCUGAAAGACAGAACAGCAGCUUCCACAAAAACUCUGCCCAUGACUGCAAAGGGAAAGAUAGAAAAGAAGAGACAAAGGAGGACAACACAAAUACUUCCUAUGAGUUCUCGGAAUCUAAGAAAGUCGAUGGGCUGACUCAGUCUCAGCUCCAGCUGGCCAUGAAUCACACCCAGACAGCCUUGGCUCAGUCUUUGUAUUAUGGGCAGUACUCAAGAGGACUGUACAUGGACCAGAAACUGUUGAUGUCCUCCAAAUGCUGUGAUCAAACUUCCACGGCCAAGCAGAGGGGACUGGGGAUAAGAGACUCUGAGGAGGGUAAACACUCUAGUGGACCCAUGCUAGGUAAAGGUCCAGACGGUGCUAAAGGCUGUUGUGCCAAAUCUGUCCUGUCCUACGUGGAGAUGAGUGAGAGAGGAGAGAGGGGGCACAGUCUGGGCAUAAAGACUGUGCACAGCGGCAUGGUGGACCAGCACCAAGUCGCAAUGAAAGACUGUGAUGACAUCAAGUCACCCUCCUCUUCCUCUUCCUCUUCACUCCUCAACCCAAACAGUCAAACAGAUCUGGACUCAAAUGUUCCCUUUUCCAGUCCCUCAGACAGCCCUGCCUGGGCUCACCACCUCGCUCACAGCAAAUACUCAGAGCUACAGAGUCACCACGGCGAUGAGGAGGGGGAAGCAGACAGUGGGAAUGAGUGGGGAGCUGCCCUGGAGCCUGCCGGGGCCAAGAUGACCCCAGGUGGAGGAAGAGGAGAGAGACGAGGAGUGACCAAAGACCCAAAGCAAGUUCUUGGAUGCCAUGAUUUCCCACCCAACAUCGAUGAGGAUAUCAACAGGCUGGACGAGUUUGGCGAUCAGUGUCAGGAAGCAAUAGAUGAACCGUCCGAGGAAUCACAAACUGCAAGGACAGCCGUUUCUCCUCUUAUGACUCCUCAGCAGCCCUACAUCCAGUACCAGCAGUCCUCCUACCCUCCCUACCUAGGAGUGUGUGAAAGUGGGGGGGCCUCCUACCAAGGUGUUUCCCCAACUCUGAUCCAGAGUUUCCCAGGUUUCCACUAUCCUCUGUAUGGUAAGACAGCAGGCAGGGAGGAGUCCGAGUUGACUCCACCCACCAAAGGAGCAGUGGCGAGCAGCAAGGAGAUCAGCAACUCCUCCUCUUCCUCCUCUUCUGUGGAGCUGCGGCAGUAUCAUGGAAAAUCCCCCGCUCCUGGUGAGAGGGGUUCCCCCGAGGCAGAGAGGGAGACGGGUCAGGAGAGGGACCAGGUGUUGUUUGGCCGACACCUCCACUCGCUCCAUCACAGUCAUCUGGGUCUGAGCUACAACCUGAUGUCCGGACAGUACGACAUCUACCAAGGUCUGAGCUCCAGGGCGCUGGUCUCUGGUCAGCAGGUGUCAGGACACGCCUCAACAGACGGUGAAGUGAAGAACCACCAGUUUCUGAACACACCUCACACGAGUGGAGGACGCGGCGGGCGGGGAAGCAGAGGAGAACCCGGACCUUUCUGGAGGAGGAACUCUGUAAACGUUUUGGUACAAAGCUGACGUGUCCGAAUCAGCGCUGUGCAAUCAGCUGCCGUCUUCAACUUUAUAAACGCACAUUUACCAUGAGAUGUAUUAUAACGGUGAGAUGACUGAAUGUACUGACGGUGACUUACACUGUCUCAUUUUUAACUCCAAAAUCAGAUUAGAAAGCUCAAAAUUCUAUAAUUACCCCUCUUGUUUGGUCUCUUUGCUGAAGUGGUCCUUCCAUAGUGCUGAAGCUACAUUUGUAUUACUAACCUGUACUUGAGUGUAACCAUGUUGAUUGUAUCGUCUUUAUGUGAGAGUAAACCUUCACAUCGACAGCGCCACCGAGGGUUCCAGGGGUGUAAAUAUUCUGUACAGAUGACGAGAGCACUGAUAUGCUUUAUUGUACAUAACUUUGAUCUCCAUCAGCCAUGCGGGAGCAGAGGGCCGGACAGAGGCGUCCACAGCAGCAGAUAAUACGAGGUUUUGGUGGUCAGGCAAAAACUGCUGAUCUUAGUUUGGCAGAAACCAUCUUUCUGAUCUGAACAACAUGAACAAAAAACAGAACACAUUUCAAAAUGUUUUCCUCAGCUAAUAAUUUAAGAUCAGAAUUGUGUUUUCAGAGAGGAUGAUCACCUCUUUGUUGAACUAGAUUGGCAGGUUUUUUUGGUUAAAAUCCGUUCCAAUGACACUAAAUGUGAUACAUUUACUGUCAUCAAAGCAGUAACCAUGUGGUGUUAGUCUGUGAGACAGAAUCUAGAUGCUUUGGUUUUCUCACAUCUCAGACCUGCUUCUGUCUUUACACUUAUGUAAUCCACUGGGGUGUUUAAAAAGUUUUACUUUUUCCAAAGUUCUCUAAGUCUUCUAAAGUUUCACAGAACAUCAAUUCAUUUAGUAUGAAAAAAUUAACGCCAAGCUCUUAAAAAUAGAUUUUUUUAAAACUAUCUAAGUUUAUUUAUUAACAGCAAUCUAAUGUAAAACAGAAGGAAACGUCAUUCCCCACACGCGUGUAUUCGUGUUGCCCUGGCAACACUUUUUCAAAUGCAGAAUAUAAAACCUGGUGGGAUAAAACUGGAGUUUCACUGAUGCUCCGAGGUUUUCUAGACCUCUCAUGAGCUCCAUAGAUGCUGGUUUGACUGAACCUCCAGAGUAAGUUUAGUACAUUCUAAUGCAGUACAAGGAGUUAAGGAUGUAACAAUUCUUCCUGAAUGGGUAAAAAAAAUGAUUUAAACUCGUCAACAUGUUCAUCGAUGCAGAAAAUUUAAAAAUCUAUUUGUCUCGGCCUGUGCUUAAAUUUAGAAAUGCAGAGCUGAUGACGUUUCUUCAUGUAGGCUUGCUGUGAGUGUGUGCGUGUAGAAGACUGGAUGUGUGCUAAUUAGCUCCGCUCAGCGGUCCGUCACAUGGAGCACAACAUGAACCGAGUAUAAAAGGAUUUGUGAUCAUUUCAGUAUUACGUAUAUUAUUUAUUUGUAUUGAAUCCUUUCUGUUAGUAGAAAACAGACAGUUUGAUGUGAGGGGCAAAAAGAAAACAUACUUGGUCUUAGAAUACCUUUAAUUCAUUGUGUUAAGAAAUAAAAAAUGAAAACUGUAAAUUGAAUGGAAUCGUGACUUGACUGAAUCGUUACAUCCUUACGCAUCCUUACAAGUAGUACAAAUGAAUGACAAAUUCCCCAAAUAAAUUAUGCAGUAAAAAUGACUGAGUUCUAUUUUCACUACAAGUCACUCAAGUCAUCUUAACUGAGCAAAGGAUGUUUCAUCUCACCUCAUCAUUUCUGAUAAAUUCACAUUUUAACUCGGUUCACAAGAUAUUUAAGAAAAUGUUUGGUUGUAGAAUUUCACCAAAAAGUAUUCUGUACCUUUUUAUAAAACUUCAGGUGGUUUGGUACUAGAGAAGAGUAAAAUAAGAAAGAUAGAUGUGGAGGAUGGACGACAGACAGUAACUCGGAGCUGUUGACUCCUUCGCUGUCAAUAGAUCUGCUUCAAUCAAUACAGAUGAUCCCGUUUCCGACAUGAUGUCGACCGGACACCCAACACUGGAAAACAGAAGCUGGUGUGAACAUGAAAACUUGAGCCGAUGUUUUGUCUCACGUGUCACCUCAGACCUGCGUUAGAACAGCCUGACCUGGUUUCAUCAGCGGCUCGGCCUCUCCUCCACAGAACCUCAUCUGCAUCGUAUCAGUGGUCGUUCUCUUACUUGAAAAGAGUGCUAAAGCUCUGUUUACAAAAAGCUCUUCACUGUUCUGGGACAGUGUUGUCUGAAGGCUGCUCGGUAUGUUGGGGUUAUCACCAGUAAAUAUAAAACAAACAAACCUGCUGUUGCUUUUUUAUACUGUAUAUGCCUUAAUUCAUAUGUUUGGCAAUCAUGAUUAAAGGAUCUUUAUAUA